GACCCUUUCAAUAUUUCUUGCGAUUAUUGACAGAAUGAAUAACAUUGAAACAUUGCGCUCAAAGAAAUGCACACUUUGCUAAAUUGUUUCUAAAAAUAGUUCAUUCCACAUUAAAGGUCAUUGAAUAUCGUUGAAAAAAAAAAGCUUCACGAUCUGGGAAAUUAUUACAUAUUGAAGUCGAUAUUAGGAGACGCGCACUUCCGUACUCUGAUGGCCAUGACGAGACGUGUUUGCGCCGUCAAAGAAACUUCUUCACUUAAUCCCAUUUAUCUAACUUGUAAGCUCCUCCUACUCCCUUUUGAUGGAUCAAUUGGUUUAUACACUCAACCUUUAUUCUCAGUCCUUGAAAUCAUCUGUUGUUGAUCCAAGCCGAUCCUCUGCUCCGGAUGCGGGGAAUACUCUAGCGGGCUCAGCGAUGCCGACCCCCAUUGCAUCACGCAGCGUCGGCACUUGAUACCGGAGGGUAUCUUGCUGCUGUUGUACUCGUGCGGAACCUAUUAGCCCGGCAAGGUAAGUAUAGAUCCAGCACGACAUAAAUCUAAUAAGUAAGUUGUCUACCCGGAAACUCUCGAAGAUUGCUAUCUUGAAUAUUACCAGUGUCGGGGAGUUGGUACGAGUAACUUCUGUUCGCUAUAAAUAUUUCUAUAUUCCAGUAUUAUAACAUAAUAUCGAACAUGGAUAAUUUCGAAUACAAUUCCAGUCCCGCUCGUAUCGUCUUCGGGAGUGGCACUAUCAAAAAGGUUCCAGAAGAGCUUCGACGAGCAAAUGUAUCUAAGCCUUUUCUUCUCAGCACGCCUCAGCAGGUGAGCCAUAUCGACUUACUCAAAGGUGUUCUCGGGGAUGUCGUCUCUGGGGUGUUUACUGAAGCAACAAUGCAUACUCCAGUCGAAGUGACUGAGAGGGCGCUUGAGCAAGUUAAGUCCUCAGGGGCCGACUCUAUCAUUUCUAUCGGAGGUGGUAGUACAGUGGGCUUAGGAAAAGCACUCAGCAUCCGGACAGGUAUCUUUCACUUAACUAUUCCGACAACCUACGCUGGUAGUGAGGUUACGCCAAUUUUGGGUGAGACGGAUGCUGGAAGGAAGACAGCAAGAUCCGAUCCGAAGAUAUUGCCUAGCACAGUCGUCUAUGAUGUUGAUCUCACCAUGACCCUUCCGGUUGGUCUUACCGCUACAAGUGGCGUCAACGCCAUCGCGCAUGCUGUGGAAGCGUUGUAUGCUCGCAAUACCAAUCCGGUCAUUAAUCUCCUUGCUCAAGAAGGGGUAAAAGCUCUUGCAAGCUCUCUCCCUGUCCUAAUCUCCGAUCCGUCGUCGCAAGAAGCACGCUCAUCUGCUUUAUAUGGCGCAUGGCUUUGCGGUACUUGUCUCGGCAGUGUCGGGAUGUCUAUCCAUCACAAGCUAUGCCACACCCUAGGAGGCAGUUUUAACCUUUCGCAUUCUGAGACUCAUACCAUAGUCCUACCACACGCAUUAUCAUAUAAUGCCCCAAAGAUCCCUGGGGCAAUGGAAGCGCUGGCUGCUGUAUUGCCGGAGAGUGAAGGCGACGCUACAAGGGGACUAAAUAUUCUGUUACAGAAGUUGAAAGUAGAGAGGGGACUGAAGGCUUUAGGGAUGCAAGAGAGCGACAUAGAUAAGGCAGCAGACAUAGCAGUGAGCAACCCUUAUUGGAACCCUCGGCCUAUCGAAAGGGGGCCGAUAAGAGAGCUGAUCCGACGAGCUUGGGCUGGAGAAGAGGCAAGAGCUGAUUUGUAAUACGAAAAAUAGGAUGGUAUUGUGCCACUAUUUCGUAUAAAUAUGCUGAAUAUAGUUAUCACUCAGAUCUUGCGAGAUGU